GUUUACGUCAACUCGUAUCUAAUUCUCUGGCGUGUUCAUACUGAAUUUUACAAUUUAAUUUAAUUUCGUGUUUUUUUGUGAUCAUGUCUUUUGAGAAAUGUUAUUAUCGAAGAUGUUGCUUCUGCUUACCUCUGAGAGGUGGUUUAUUGGCUCUUGGAUAUAUACAUGUAAUAUUCUCGACACUUAUGGUCGGAUUGAUCAGCUAUUCCGUCCACACCGACAGUCGGGACACUUUCGUGAUCGAAGGCGUGAUCAGCGGGAUAGACAGGGAAGUGUGCAUCGCUGGAUACUGUAUUGAGUUCAUUUUCACCGUCCUAUUGCUCUACGGGGUCCAUAGACGAAUGGAAAACUUUCUGCGCAUGUUCACUUACUAUACUAUAUGCACUUUGGUCGCUGCCAGUGCUCUCGAAAUCUACGUUAUAUUUCUGUCCUCCAAGAACCUGGGACUAUUGCCAUUAUUCUACAUGGGAAUGUUACUGCAGAUAUACCUUGCAUUCCAGGUGAGAAAUCUCUUGAAGAAGCUAAAAAUGGUCAGACCUGCGGGCGAAAAUAUAGUGAACGUCCAAAUUGUUUGA